UAUUUGAAAAGAGGAAGGAAGGAGAAAUAAUAUUCUCACAUUACAGCACAAGCUCUUGACUCAAACAUAUAUGUAUGGUUUCUGAUGGACAGCGAUCGAGUUUUCUCUCCUAGUUUACUUGCCAAGAGACCGUCAGUGUCAAGUGUCACUGUCAAUCUUGCCUUUUUUCCAUUUGGCUGACGGUGGCAUUAACACCCGCACUCUUGUCACCUCGCCUGCAUCUGUACUUGUGGAAUGAUGACUGAGCUCAGGAUAGGAAAGGGUGCCGUAUUGGAGGGACUUCUGAACAGUCCCUAUAGUAAGCCUUUUCUCAAGAGACGAUGCCUCAGUGAUACCUCAGACCUAUUUGCCAUGAUCGAGCGGAUGCAGGGGUACAGAAUGGAUGAGCAAAGAUGCCCCUUCCCUCCUCCCCUCAAAACAGAAGAGGACUACAUUCCUUAUCCGAGUGUUCAUGAGGUUCUGGGUCGCAGUGCCCCUUUUCCCCUCAUCCUGCUGCCCCAGUUUGGAGGCUACUGGAUUGAAGGAACCAAUCAUGAGCCCAAAGACCCACCAGAGGCCGAUCACCCUCCCUGUCCAGCCUCCCACAUUAAACUUGAAACAAACAGCACUGCCAAGAUCUACAGGAAGAACUUCAUGGGCAAGGAACACUUUAAUUACUACACUAUGGAUGCUGCCCUCAGCCACUUGGUCUUCUCAAUGAAGUAUGAAGUCAUUGGGGAUCAAGAGCAUCUGCGCUUGAUGCUACGCACAAAAUACAAAACCUAUCAUGAUGUGAUCCCCAUUUCCUGCCUUACUGAGUUUCCCAAUGUGGUUCAGAUGGCAAAGCUUGUUUGUGAAGAGGUAAAUGUGGAUAGGUUUUACCCUGUCCUCUAUCCAAAGGCUUCAAGACUCAUUGUCACAUUUGAUGAGCAUGUAAUCAGCAACAACUUCAAAUUUGGAGUAAUUUAUCAAAGGUUUGGCCAGACAUCAGAGGAGGAGUUGUUUGGGAACAUGGAAGAAAGUCCAGCCUUCAUUGAGUUUCUGGAGUUUUUGGGGACAAAGAUUGAGCUUCAUGACUUUAAAGGUUUUCGAGGUGGACUUGAUGUCACUCACGGGCAGACGGGGAUGGAAUCAGUUUACACAAAUUUCCAUAAUAAGGAGAUUAUGUUUCAUGUGUCCACCAAACUGCCUUAUACGGAAGGAGACUCACAGCAGCUGCAGAGGAAGAGGCACAUAGGCAACGACAUUGUGGCCAUCGUGUUCCAGGAAGAAAACACUCCAUUUGUACCGGACAUGAUCCAAUCCAACUUCUUGCAUGCGUAUGUUGUGGUGCAGGUGGAGAACGCAUGCUCAGACAAUGUUACAUACAAGGUGUCAGUCACAGCUAGAGAUGAUGUACCUUUCUUUGGACCUGCUCUACCUGACCCUGCCAUCUUCAGAAAGGGCCCUGAAUUCCACGAGUUCCUCUUCACAAAGCUUAUCAAUGCAGAGUACGCCUGCUACAAGGCUGAGAAGUUUGCAAAGCUGGAGGAGCGAACACGUUCGGCCCUGCUGGAAACACUGUAUGAGGAGCUGCACAUUAACAGCCAGUCCAUGAUGGGUCUGGGUGGGGAUGAAGAUAAGCUGGAGAACGGAGGUGGAGGUGGAGGGGGUGGCUUCUUCGAGUCCUUUAAGCGGGUCAUCCGCAGCAGAAGCCAGUCACUGGACGCCAUGGGUCUCAGUAACAAGAAGUCACACACAGUCUCCACUAGUCACAGUGGCAGCUUUACCCAUAAUCCCGCAGAGAGCCCCAAAACUCCAGGGAUUUCAUUGCUUGUCGCGGGGAAAAGUCCCAGUAAAUAUGGACGCCGAGGCAGUGCCAUAGGGAUAGGAACAAUAGAAGAGUCACUGAUUAUUCCUGGGAAAAGCCCAACCAGAAAAAAGUCUGGACCUUUCAGCUCGCGCCGCAGCAGUGCCAUUGGCAUCGAGAACAUCCAGGAGGUCCAAGAGAGGAGCCGAGAGGUCUCUCCCAACACACAGAAAACUCCAGACUCCAGCCACUUGUCACAAGAAAACAAAUCAGGCAACUCCUCCGCCCACAGUUCUCCAGAGUUUGCAGCCACAAAGAACAGCUUGGCGAUGUGUUGCAGAGCGCCUUCCAUCCCCGAGGCUCAGGACUUGUCUCGCUCUUCCUCCAACGCCAGCAGCUUCGCCAGCGUUGUGGAGGAGCACGAGGCCGAGGAGGAAUAUGAAACUGGACUGGAAAGUGUGUCUUGUAUUACUCCAGUAAAAAAAGACUCGUUUGUUUAUGGGUCUGCCACGGAGGACAGUUCCUACAUCCAAGGAAGUUUUUCAGCUUCCCGUCUUCAGCAGCAAGCAGACGGGGUGAAGACGUCGGAGCCAAAAGGGACAGACAGCCAGCCCAAGACGGAGCGCCCCCAGCAGGAGCAGAAGCUGUCGUCGAGACGUUAUUUAAUAUAAAAGAAGAGAUAAAGGCAACCGAAGGAGGGCAAAAGACGUCCACAGCUGAUGUAGAGAAGAAAUACAAUUGGGGCUGAGCAAGCGAUGGACAGAUCCUCCCUUGAUCGUUCAACACGGAUCUGCUGUUUAUCAGGACAGACAUCCAGCUGCCUGGACAUGUAUCGACCUCUCGACCUCAUUCCGUCCUCCAUGUGGAAAACCUUGUGCUCAAGUGAAAGCAGCAGUGAAACUGACUGUCCUUUGGCAGCUGGCUCAGCACAGUAAAUCUGCUCACCUGCCCAUUCUUUAGGCCAGUAAGCAUCGAUUGUUACUUUAAACAAACUCUCAGACAUUGUGGCUCUUCUAUCAAAGACCUUCCUUUUUUUUGUGAAUAAGGUAGAAUAAGAAAAUUCACAACAAUCCAACAGACUGGGUUGGUCAAGCUUGUGUAGAGUGCUGUAAGCAGUUUCCUCCUUACCAAUUUCUCUCUUUUUUUACUUUUUUGUCACUCGUGUUUCAGAUCAUUUGAAACAUAUCAGAUCAAAUAAAGGUAGCCUGGUUUGAUGCAAAUCACAGUAUUUAAAUAAUUUCAGUUAUUGAAGUAUAAAAUCCAUUUAUCUUAUCCAAACCAACUAGGCCCUAUGUAAAAAUAAUUUACCCCUAACUGGUAACAAAAUAACUGGUUUUGCAAUCCAUGGCAGUAACAACCACUAUCAAGUAUUUCCAACAACUUAAUGAGUCUUUUACAUUACUGUAGAUGAAUUUUGCCCCACUCUGAAUUUCUUUGAUUCAGCCACAUUGGGGUGUUUUUGAACUUGAGCAACCGGUUUGGUGUCACAUCUGAAAUGAAUUUAAGUUCAGACUUUGACUAGGCCACUGCAAAAUCUGUAUAGUUUUUUUUUUUUUUGCCACUCAGAAGCGUUGAUCUCACUGUUUCAUGUUUUCUUAAGCUGUGGAGAACGAUUCUCACUGUGUUUCGCUGGAAUCCCAAAGCCUUAGAAAUGGCUCUGUAGCCAUUUCCAGAUGGAUAGAUGUUAAUAACUUGGUGCCUAUUAUGUUCUUAAAUUAGUUUUAUUUCAGUAUAUGUUUUGCUUUGAGGCCUUUUGGCCUACUUCUUGUUGUCAUAUAGGUUCCAUGAAAGAUAUUCCAAGAGUUGGGCAGUAAUUGAGUCUAGUUGUGGCUAGGAAACCUGAACCAAAAAUAUGACAGUUGCAGUUGGAUUGUGAUUUAGAUUGUGGGGGACUCAAUUAUAUUUUCACUGAGGGUCACAUUGGUUUGGAUAGCAUUUUUCCCCUUAAAUGAAAUCAUAAUUUAAAUAUUGCUUUAUGCAUUUACUCAGGUUAUCUUUGUCUUUUGUUAAAAUAUGUUUGAUUCGAAAUAUUUAAAUGUGACAAAUAUGUAAGGAGUCCACUACGUGUUUUUUUUUUUUAUGUCUAAUUCACAUCCCACUGUGACAAUGUACAUAAGUUUAACUUUGAUGUACUAAGUGACUGUGGCUUUAUGUCAGGCCAAGUUCUGUUUUAAUGACAGUAUAUCCUUUUGUAGGUUUUCUGCUGUUAUUUGUUGUGCUGUACAACAAUCUUGGCAUAUUUGUUUUCUGCAGGAGGUUGAUGCUGUUGCUAGUGGCUCUGUAAACCUCCUUUCUCUUGUUUUAUGAACCACAGGUGAAGUUAGACCUAUGGUGAAAUUGUCAGAAAAAUAGUAAAUAUUUUCAAGACAUGUUGCAAAAUCUCUCCAGAUGCUCUUUGUUACACACCACCUGUUGAUGUCUGUGUACAGGUGUAUUCAACAGUACUGUGCAUGGUGAAAGUCUGCUUGCCAAAGCCCCUUUUCUUCUCUGCACAAUUCUUCACACAAAGGAAUUAUCCUUGUGAUUUGUGUUUUAUCCUGAACCAGCCAACAUCCCCAAAUGCAGCACACAAUGCUGACAGAAAGCCAAAUGUUACUGUACCCAUCCUUAUUUGUAAAGUGUAAUAUAUAUAAAUAACUGUGACCUGCUGUAAGCACUACAUUUCAGUUGUUUUAAAAUGCUGACCUUUUUGAAAAGCCUUGGUUUGUUGCUGAGAAUUGAUCACACUGUGAUUUGUCUUGAAGUUGCCUUUUUAAUUGUGUCACAAGAGCUGAUCUGUGGGAAGGUCACAUUUAAAGGCACCAUGUUGCCAGAUGAAUGUAAAACUAACUAGAAAUUAGUUUAGUUAAAAAGGGAGAGACGGUUGAGAGAAUUUAUUUCAGUAAAUUUUCAGAAUAUAUUUAUAAUGUAGUUAACAGAGGGAAGCAUUUAUAUUGCAUACAAAGUAAAAAGAAUUUUAAGACAGAAGCAAAGACAGACGUGUAUAAUGUAUUCAUUAAGGCUCUUUAUAGUGACAAAAAUAAAGUGGCAUAGGAAAAUAAAUCACAAAAACUAGUAAGUAUAAUGCAAAAAUAUCCUUUAAGCAGAUUC